ACUGACACAUUUACAUAAACGGAUCGUACUCGUAUUAUCACAAAGGCCUAGUCCAAAAAAAGAAAUUCCCAUCUGUAUAAGCCUAAGGUUUGUAAAAGGGUCUUAUUUCCUUUCCUUUACUUUCUUUCUAAUCUUCUUCACUUUCCCUUUGAACUCGAAUUGGCCACUUUACCAGUCACUCACUUCCCCUUUCCCAUUUGCUCAGUUUAAUCCCCCUCAUCUUUAAUUUCUCUCUCCAGUUUAAUCCUCCUUAGUUCUCCAAUCAAUAUUCCUGCCAUAGUUGAAUCAAUUACUCCAAAUUUUACCUAAUUAAUUUCUUCAUUGGUUAAAUGGAAGAAGAACAAAACAAGCUGAAACCGCACUCUCCCCGUAAAUCGGUUGAUGAAGAAGGUGAAGAAGAAUGAUUAGAACUUAAAAGGGUCUGUAAUUCUGUAUAUUAUUGUUAAUGCUAAAUUAAACCGAGAAGAUGGAUGCGCAAUCCGGGUAUAUAACAAAUCAGCAGGGCGGACAGGCGCCGCCGGUGAUGGUGAUAAACCAGCAAGCGGCGGGAGGAGGGCAUCAUUACCGUUCACCGAGCGGUCAUGUGGGCCCAGUAAUAGGAGUAUUGGCGGUGAUAACGGUGUUGGGUAUCGUCGCCGGAUUAGUUGGCAGAUUGUGUGGUGGAAGGUCGGUAAUGGGGUACGGCCCCCGUUUCGAUGUCGAAGCAUGGCUCGAGGCGAAGUGUUCUUCUUGUCUUGACGGUAAUGUUGUUCCUCAUCGUCAUCCUUAUCCUGAUCAUCCGCAUAUGCAUAUGAAUACACAUAUGGUCAUGGAAAGUGUACCGGCUUCUGUUCCCGGUGGCGGUGGCGGUGGCGGUGGUGAUAUUGGAUGGAGGCCUGAGACCGCUUCAAUGCGGCCACAUCCACACCCGCAACCGCAACCGCUCCAGCGGCCUCAUCCGCACCAACUCCAGCAGUCGCACCUUAACCCAGAGCUGCUAAUGCGGCCGCUCCCGGCUCAACCGGCUCCGGUGGCUAAUAGGAGUGCUAAUGAUGGUUCAGGUAAUGCUGGCCGCCCUGAGGCUGAGAUGAGGGCCGUUAGGGAGCAGAAACAGCCGCAUCAGCGGCCGGUAGACGACGGAGGCGAGGAUGAAGAUGAAGAUGAGGAUGAUUUGAGUGACUUUUCGGAGCAUUCCGAAGAGGAUUUGCAUCACCGCCACCACCACCAAGAACAACAAAAGCCUCAUCAACCGCAUUGAUGCAGUUUCAAUUUUAUUAAUCAAUUGUUGAAUUAGGUUUUUUUUUUUUUUUAUAAUUUCUAUUUCUGUGAACUUGUAGAAAAGCAAUUAAUUAAAAAUACUACAAAGAUUAUUUACUCUA